GACUCGUAAGCGUCUUCGGCUCUCCUCAGCCUCUUCCAUCCCUACGCAGCCGCUCGGGCGCCCUUUGUCCCUUGCGGCUUCUCCCUCCCCGCUUGCCUGUGGUAGAGGGAGGCAACCGCCGGCUCACCUGGCUCCCCAGCUCCGCACCGGAGGAGAGAAGGAGCGGCUCUGCGGAGCGGGCGUGGGAGUUGAAUCACUGCCACUGACUCAGCCCUCUCGCCGGCCCUUGUCUGCCUGCCUGCGGUGGACUUUCCUGGGGGCUGGCGCUAUAAAACUGACACAGCCUCGUUUCCUUCACAGAUCUCCCUCGCAAGUCUUGGCGCGCCUGUCUCCCGAGAGCGCCGCAGCGCCUUCUUCCCGCCUCAUCUCUGCUACGUCUUUCCCACCACGAAGCAGGAUGGCAUUGGCGGCGGCAGCCUUCGGGGGCCAAGUGCUGCUCCUGUGCGCGCUGCUUUUGCAUCUGCGACCCUGCUCAGGUAACUCCAAUAUACAGACAGCAGUUAAUAUUACUUGGUCAUCUAUCAAUUUUAAGACUAUACUAGAAUGGGAACCCAAGCCAUCCAAUUAUGUUUACACUGUUGAAAUAGAUGGACCUCGCUCAGAUUGGAUGAAAACGUGUGUUCAUACUACACAGACAGAAUGCGAUGUUACUUAUCUGCUGAAAAAUGUAAGAGAUACCUACACUGCCCGUAUACUGUCUGACGUGCCCCUAAGGGACAACGGUGAUUUUGAUCAAGUUCCUUAUGCAAUUUCUCCAGAUUUCAUACCUUAUGACCAAACUCUGAUUGGAAUGCCAACUAUUGAAAGUUUUGAACAAAAAAAGGACUUUUUGAAAGUGGUGGUGGAAGAUCCAUUAACACCCUAUAGAUUUCUAAAUUCCAGCUUUAAAAGCAUCAGGGACUUAUUCAGAGGUGACCUGGAAUACACAUUGUACUACUGGAAAGACAAAAGUACGGGAAGGAAAGAAGCAAAGACAAGAACCAAUGAAUUUAAAGUCAGCAUAGACAAAGGCAAGAGUUACUGCUUCUAUGUACAGGCUACUAUCUUGUCACGCACAGAAAACCGUAAAGGUGAAAAAAGCUUUGACAGAUGUACCCAUGGGGAUGUCCCAUCAGAUGAUUUUGAACUAGAAGCAAUCCUUGUAAUAGGAGCUGCUGCAGUUGGAGUCUUCAUAUUAUUUGUUAUUUCAUGUGUGGUUGCUUAUAAAUGCAAAAAGGCAAAAGCAGCUGCAAAAGAAAAAGAGAACGUGCCACUGAAUGCUUAAGGCAAAAAAAAAAGUGUGUGGUGGGGGGAGUCUUUGCUACUGCUGCAUAAUGUAAUAAGGAAACCUCCUAUUCUUUUGGGACCAUCGAUUCUUAAAUCAAAGGACAUACGCUGUUUCUGUGAAACAGUUUCGGUAUAGUUAACACUACAUUAAGAACCUGUUUUAUUCUGACAACGGCAACAAUGAGAACUGUUAAAAUACAUUAGCUGACAAAUACACUGAAAAUACUAUUGUUUCUUCUGCACUUUUGGAAAAUAUUUUGGUCAAAUGAUCUGGAUACAUCACUUGGUAUGGGUUUAACAGCCUCAAAGAUGUCUUACAAGGUAUGAUAGUGCAAGUCAGUGUUAAAGAUUGGAAUUCACCAGUUCCAGGUACCGAUAAUCAACUUCUAGGUUAGAGAUGCUCUACUUUCAAACUGACUUCUGGAAACUUUGUCAAGGUCAAUAACUUGCAUUAUUGGGAGCCACCUUGAAUUAACAGGUACAAGUCCUAUACAUAUUCAUUAUGUAUCACGAUUUAGCACUUUAAAUAUACACUGAUUGCUAACUGCUGGACAGAGACAGAUACAUAACUCUUAAGUGGCACAUGUCUGUAUAAUAAUUACAUAAUUGUUGUGACUAAGAUUUCUCAUGCUACUGUAAUCAAUGUUAAUAUAUUUAUGAUUUUUACAAAUAGGAGUUUAAUUUUAUAUUUUAUUUGUAUAUAUUGAUAGUAACUUAUUUCAUAUACUUUUUACAGAAAUAAAGGUGAAGGAGAGUAAUAGCUGAUUCUUAA